AUGACCAUGGAAAACAAAGAAAGUCUUCAAAGUAUCUCCAAAGAAGAUGCUUUGAGCCGCCUGCCUCCGCCACUGACGGCAGAGGCCAAGGAAAAGCUGCGCGAACUUCCCCUGACCUCCCUCCCCGUGCUUGUGGUUCUGGACGACGACCCAACAGGAACUCAGACAUGCCACGACAUCAAUGUCCUGACAGUCUGGGACCAAGCUACUUUAGUUGAGGAAUUUCAAUCAGAUCGCCAUGGCUUCUUCAUCCUCACCAACUCCAGAGCUCUGCCUCCCGACGAUGCCCGCCAUCUCAUCCGGUCGAUAUGUCAGUCGGUUCAGGAAGCUGCCAAAGCCACAGGCAAGGCGUUCGAGGUCGUGCUGAGAGGAGAUUCGACGCUGCGUGGUCAUUUUCCCCUCGAGGUCGAAGCUAGUGAGGAGAUCCUCGGCGAGGUAGACAUCUGGAUAUUGGCGCCUUUCUUUGAGCAGGGAGGAAGAUUGACAGUUGACGACGUUCACUACGUCGAAAGUCCAGAGGGCGACCUGGUUCCGGCUGCCCAGACCCCGUUUGCGAGAGAUGCCACGUUUGGAUACACACAGUCCAACCUCCGAGGGUACAUCCAGGAGAAGGCAGGAGGGCGCAUUGCUGCGGACCGCAUCUACUCGGUCACGCUGGAGGAUAUUCGCGUUGGUGGUAUUGCUAAAGUCACUUCGAAACUCUUGUCUUGCCCUCCACGAUCCAUUGUUAUUGUCAAUACAGUAGAGACUGCCGACAUGGACGUUUUCGUACGGGGCUUGCUCAAUGCUUCUGCUGAGGGCAACAGAAGGUUUAUCUACCGAACGGGCGCCGCCUUUGUGUCCAGUCGUCUUGGUAUCCAGCAGAUCCCUCCGCUCUCUCCUAUUGAUCUGCACAUGGAUCUCUCUUCAUCGGCUCCCGGUGGCCUGAUCAUCGCUGGCUCAUAUGUACCAAAGACAACGGUGCAGUUGGAUUCCCUCGUCCAAGGACGCGGCACGGACCUCGAGACCAUCAUGCUGGACGUCUCGGAACUCCUCAGGUCGCCCGAAACGGUACAUGGGACUCUUUUGGACGCUGCCAACCGGGCUGGCACCUGGAUCACUCAAGGCCGCGACGUGCUGGUCAUGACUAGCCGGGAGCUCGUGACGGGCGCGGACGAGCUCUCCAGUCUGAAAAUCGGCAGCGCCGUCGCCGAGGCGCUCGUGGCGUUUCUGCGGUUCCUCGUGCCGAGACCGCGCUAUGUGAUUGCCAAAGGAGGUAUUACGAGCUCCGAUGCUGCAACCAAGGGACUUAUGUUCAGACGUGCUGAGAUAGCAGGGCAGGCAGCCUCGGGAGUGCCCAUCUGGCGAUGUUCAGAGAGCACAUCAAAGUGGCCCGAGAUUCCCUACGCUGUGUUUCCAGGAAAUGUGGGAGAGCGCGACACACUUCGGGACUUGGUCGCGAGCUGGGCUGUUCCUAGAUUGAAUGGCACAAGUAAUAUUCUUGGUUCAAGACCGCAGAUGGAGUACGCUCGACUGGGAAACAGCGGCCUCAAGGUCUCACGAGUGAUACUCGGCUGUAUGACUUAUGGAAAUCCAAAUUGGCAAGGCUCUCCAUGGGUGUUGAACGAGGCAGACACUCUUCCGCUUUUGAAGAAGGCGUACGAUGUCGGCAUCAACACUUGGGAAACGGCAGAUACGUACUCGAAUGGACAGUCUGAGUCUAUCAUCGGCAAAGCUCUACAAGUGUAUGCCAUCCCUCGCAGCAAAGUGGUCAUUAUGACCAAGCUGUUCUAUCCGGUGAUGGAGGAUGAUCCAGACGCCAGGCCACAACCCGCACUCAAUGAUGGCCCACUCGUCAAUCAGGUAGGCCUGAGCCGAAAGCAUAUUUUCGAAGCUGUCGAGGCUUCUCUCCGGCGGCUGAACACCACAUACAUUGAUGUGCUUCAGCUGCACCGACUUGACCACGACACCAGCCCAGAAGAGAUCAUGGGCGCCCUGCAUGACCUGGUGAAGUUGGGCAAGGUGCACUAUCUGGGCGCGUCGAGUAUGCGAUGUUGGCAGUUUGCGCGUCUCCAGUAUACGGCCAAGUCCCGCGGCUGGACCACAUUCUCGAGCAUGUCUGGGCUGUACAAUCUUCUCUACCGUGAGGAGGAGAGAGAAAUGAUUCCCUUCUGCCAGGCUGAGGGCAUUGGGCUGAUCCCCUGGAGCCCCAACGCGAGAGGUCUUCUCACGAGACCCUGGGCCAAAGAGACAGACAGGAGCCGGCAAGACGGAAAGGCAAAGAAAUGGUUUCGGGGAAGGGGUUCUCAGAACGAGCUGAUCGUGCAGAGGGCGGAGAACAUAGCAAGAUCUAAAGGAUGCUCUAUGUCUGCUGUUGCUCUUGCUUGGCUGCUGAAGAAGGGGUGCUCUCCUAUUGUUGGGCUGGCUAGCAUAGAGCGUAUCGAGGCGGCGACGGAAGUGUUCUCUGUCGACUUGACGGACGCGGAUGUCAAAAGCCUAGAGGAGUUAUACCAGCCUUUGGAGGUAGAAGCCAUUUAG